AUGCCUGGCUCACAAUCAAAUGACAGCCCGAAUUCAAAACGCUCGUACGGAAAGGAUACUCUGCGCCCAGUCACGAUCAAACAACUCCAGGACGCCACACAUCCGCACCCCGACGCCGAAUACUUCAUCAUCGACGGUGCCGAAGCGACCCAAGUCACGUUCGUCGGCCAAAUACGCAAUAUCAGCACACAGACGACCAACGUCACCUAUCGCAUGGACGAUGGCACAGGCACGAUGGAAGUCAAGGUCUGGAUUGAUGCCGAGGAGUUCAAUGGCGAGGAGAACCAGGCAGUAGCCAAACCGAAACCGGUGGAGCAAGGCUAUGCGCGAGUAUGGGGAAGGUUGAAAGCGUUCAACAACAAGCGGCAUGUAGGCGCGAACAUCAUCAGACCCCUACAAGACUUCAACGAGAUACAGUAUCACCUUCUCGAGGCGACAGCGGUACAUCUGUUCUUCACCCGCGGGCCGCCAGAGAGCGCGACCGCCCAGCAGAGCAAGACUGGUGGUGCGCAGGCGAACGGGAUGGCGAACGGGCAUGCAGCGGUAGGUGGUGAAGGCUUGCCGGCCGGAACGUCACAGGCGACGAAGAAGGUGUACCAAUUGAUCUCCACGCUGCCACAGGGGCAUGAGGGUGUACAUGUGCAGCAGAUUGCCAUGGCGGGCAAUAUGGAGGUGAGCGAGGUAUUGAAGGCGACGGACGAUCUCAACGGGAUGGGCAAGAUUUACUCGACGGUGAAUGAAGAGACGUUUGCGCUGUUGAGCUUCUGA